AUGUGGAACAGAAGUGCGGAAGAGCAAUGGGGUGAGCGGAAUGAACAGAAUAGAAGUGUCAGACGGCAGAUACCAUUUUUUCUAUUUCGUGGUCAAUCGGUUGACUUCUCACUCCUUGUCCUGGUUACAGUGACCAGUUUGCUUAGUGCACACGUGGAAGAUGAACGUGCAUACUUGUUAGCAGUAAUGGACAAGCAGUUUUGCGUGGUACCUUUCUGGACGACCCCAUCUCCAGAAGCUGACAACUUACUGUCGGAGUGUUUCGUAGGUUACGAUGAUAAUAAUGCUUCUAAAGCCAAUUUUAGCGAUUCUAAGUUUCCAACAGGACAGUCGUUGGAGGAAGAUCUGGAAAAUGUACUGGAACGGAUGGCAGUACAAAAUGAAGAACAAUUCUUAUGCAGUGUAGGUGGCGAAAGAGACCGAUCGAGUUAUUAUGAUGGUAGUGAUGUUUCAUGGUUGGAUGAAUUUAUGAAUGUUUAUGGGAUUACUACUUUAGAUUCAAAUGAUGAUUUUAACAUGAGAAAUAUCGGUAUGACAAUCGUUGAAACAUCACAAGCAAAAAAAAAUCAUCCAGCUGUUAUGCUAACGAAAGAAAUGAAAAAUAGUAAAAUUUUCACCAAUAAAUGCGUUACACAGUUAUCAGGAGUUUCCGACAAUGUUUCGAUGAUAUCAAUAGGCACUGUUGCUGAUGCAAAUAUGUCCUCCAUUCGAGAAACCAACACAACAUUAAAAUCUGUUAGCAGUGUGAUAUCAGAUAAGGAGAAGGUUCUGGAUGACAAUGUUCAGCAGAGGAGCAACAGUCAAAAGUUUGCAGCGAACAGGAAGACAUGUUUUGAUGGUAUCAGUGAGCGCAAACGAGAGCAGAAUCGUUGUGCAGCUAUUCGGUAUAGAGGUAAACGUCGUGAAGAAGCAAAACAGAAGAAACAAGAACUAUAUAAACUUGAGCUGCGUAACAUAGAACUGAAAACUGAAAUGAAUUGGCUAGAAAAAGAAGUUAUUUAUUUGAAAAGUUUGAUGAAACUUACGAAAAGUUUCUGA